AUGGGGAACUGUAUCAAGUUGCAGAAGCCGGUUACAUGGGUCGACGACGACGAUGACUUCUGGGAAUCCAUGGAGCAUAACAAGAAGGAUCAUGGCGAAGUUUUCGUGGCGCCUGUCAAGGAGAAAGGAGGCUGCGGGCGUUCGACCGAGGUGAGGAUCAAGAUCAGCAAGAAGCAGCUGGAGGAGCUGCUGCGACAGGACGACGGCAAUGGCUUGCCGCUUCGACAAGUUCUUGCGGGCCUCGUAAGUAUGCACGAGCCUGGGAAGCUCCAUGACCAAGAGACGCAUUGGAGGCCGAGGCUACAGAGCAUACCUGAGAUGCCCGAGUGA